AUGGUCUUCAUACCAGACGGUCUCCACGACCCCCUCCGAGCCGCCUUCAGCAAUGGAUGGGAUAACUGGCGAGACGGCGCCCCAGUUGGAGUUGCGCCUCACACGCUCGAUCCGACUCCUCACGCAUGCGAAAUCAUCGAGAACUUCAAAUCCCGCGACGGCCACAAAAUCCACUACAAGAAAGGCAUGCAAGGUUGUUAUCUAGCCGAACACACCAUGACGGACGGUACACGAGUCGCACAGAUCUUCAUCCUCGGGGUGACUGAAUGGGGACCUGGGCCUGGCGAGAAGAAGGCAUGGGUGCCGUACGACAAGAUCAUGAUCGGUCCGCCAUGGAACGCCAACCUCAAGGACUGGAAUAUCGCUGUCGACCCCUUGCCAGGCGUUGUUCGAUGGAAGACACCUCCUUCAGUGGGGUCCGACAUAGUUGCUCUUAGCGUUACUGGGCUGAUCCAAGCCUUCGUCGACACACCAGCGGACUUCAUGUUUGGUAACUUCAAGAGUUUGAUCGCUGAUUAUACCGUGGCCGGUGUUUCUCAGAUCAUUCUGGAUGGCAUGAAGAAAGCAGGAGUGUAUGAAAUAUUGGGAAAAGCAGACUACACUCAAGAUGAGCUUCUCGGAUGUGCUCGCUAUCCUAUCAGCGGCUCCGAUGGUUCCAAUAAGCAAGGCGUAUACAUGCGGAUCCAGAAAUCGACUGCUAGCGUAGAGUACUGGAAGCCAAACACUUGGUAUGCCUACGUGGGCAAAACAGAGAACGCUUUCAAUAUAAGGUUUAAAGGUCACUUUUACGGAAGGCAUAAGUAUGCAACUCUGAAUCAGAACUCAGAGAACCUGAAAUCGUUUGCUCUAUGCAUCUUGAACGAUAAGCACCCGAACAAGCUCUAUCAUCUCGCAGAGCAGGUUCUUCUAUGUUUGCUGGGAACCUAUCGGUCAGAGAUCAUGAACGCUGCUUCUUCGACCAAUCCGACACAGUUUGAACACAAGGACAACGUAGCAGCUGCCGCGUACUGCCAGAAGAUCUCCUUUGCUGUCUUUCAGCAAACUGGCUACGUACCAGCUCUUAUCCGUCCAACCUUCGGGAUCAGCGAGGGAGCGAAUGCGAGUACCCCUCUUGCAGAAAUGGAGUCUUCAGUGGAGAAAGCGCUCUUCAUCCGUACAGAUUAUGUGGUGCGAGACCAUGACAGUGGAAAGUCGGUUGAGAUGGCUGAAUUUCGCCGCCACGCAACUAAAACAAUCACCUACAACUGGAAAAGUGACCAAACCAGAGGCCAAGCCCACGUGGUCGAAGUUUAUGGCUCCUCCACCGAUGGCAAAAAAUCACACAUUCAUCUGUUUUCUUUCGGCGGUCAGACGGACGAUAUUGACGGAAUUAAAAACCCCGCACCUGGUGCCAACGUACAAGUUGUUUUCGAAGCUCGACUAGACGGCAAGGCUCAUAAGAACUCAUGGGCACGACUCCCUUCAGUUGGCAUAUUCAAGAAUUGGGAUCAGGCCAACUCUUUUGCUUUGCGGAUUGAGUGGGAGACAAAAGAAGGUUCAGGUUUAUGGAGAUACAAGUACUUGCAAACUACCGUGCGCCUGCACUUGAGGACAGAUGAAGAUGUACCCGGUUCAUUGUCACGGUACGCCAAGGGUAUCGCCAUCAUACAUUGGCUGUUCGGUGUGUCACCGGACUGGGACGAGAGUUGGAUCCAAAAACCAGCGGCAAGUAUGCGAGUUCUGCAGGCAGAGUACAACUUCAUGACACAAUCCGUUCGGUUUGUUAAGCCGACUAAGCCAUACAACGCCUUAUCGUUUGCUAGGAAGUCCGGUCAAAGCAUCGCUCUCCAGAUGGAACAGUUCAACGUCACGCAACGACGAGAAGACUGCAAGCUUGGAGUAACUAUAAAGCGCAACAACUGCGACCUCUGCAACUUCUUCGGGUCCGCAAGCUGCACGAAGGAAGGAAAAGACGAGAGAAUCUGUACCCUGUGCCGCGAAUGGGGCCUACCCUUUUGCUCAUGGUCGUCAUACCUCCGACCCUUUAGUGCGAUGAACGCUUAUAACCCUAUCUCUGUCGCUACCGCGGACGAUGCGGCAAUCUAUAGGAGGGUUGAGGCCGCUCUCUGGGCUUCACCCAUAGCAGACACCACAGGAAUGACUCUCGAGCAGCAUCUGGUGUCGAUGCAAGAUGCUGCAGGUACUGUAGACGACGAUAGCGACGACGAGAGCGACGACGAGAGCGACGACGAGGGUAUGGAUGAGGGUAUGGAUGAGCUAAAAUCCAUUGAUUCGGAUGAUAUGGAGUGA